UAAUCUGAUCCUACAUCAGCAGAAUCCACCCAGGGCGCUGUUAGAUACCCAUACAGUAACACAUCGCAUAUCGCAGGCUGUUGCGUUUCCUCGGAGGGAGUAGCACUACGCGUAACAGUAGCCAUUCUCCCCAACCUCCCAGGGGUGUGAUGGAUAAAGCCUCGCCGACCACAGACAAUCUCUGCCCGUAUCGAUGUCUCUGUGUCCCUACCGACACCAUCUGGGACAUGCCAUGAGAAAUCAUCUGGGUUAUUUCUCACGCCGUCUCAAUACAGGUGAAAGUGUGGAAACAAGGGAUAACGAAAAAGUAGGCUAACACGAGAGUUCGGUUAUAGCGCGAAUUGACUGCAAGCUGCUGGGUCGAACAGGGCAAAGGACUUGUGCUGUCGAAGUAAAGCAUCCGGCAACGGUGAAAUACAGUAGGCUAGUUAGUGCACCAUUGACAAUCACACCGAAAGUGUUUUAGUGAAUAUCCCAAUCACAAAUUUGUGAAAUACCAGGAUACGGGUUUAUCUGGCAGGGGACUCUGAGGUGGCGUCCACUCCUGACCUACAGGAUGCCAUCCUCCUGGUGCUGAUUUACACAGGAGAUCCAACCAGAAGAGGUUUUGAGGCCGCCACCCCCAAGACCUCGCAGGACCCCGCCCCCUUCUCUACCUCCUUCCCCUCUCCACCUCUACCUGUCUCCUGAUGUAUAGAACCCAUUGCUGAACGGUUUGAUGGAGAGUUCUAACCAGUUUAAUGUCAGCAGGAACAGUUGUAAUAAGUGGAGGACUUCUCGCCACAGUCAUCCUGCUCUGCAUUGUAGCAGUGCUGUGCUACUGCAGGCUCCAGUACUACUGCUGUAAGAAAAAUGAGUCGGAGGUGGACUUGGCUUCCGUGGCUGGAAGAGGUGAUGGAAGAGAUGGAGAAGGGGAUGCUCAAGGGGAGGUUCAGGCUCACUUUGCCUGCAAAUCGUGCAGCGCCUCUGGGAUGGACAGCCUGGCUGUCACCCCUCUCUGCUUGGAGCCCCUGGAGGUGGGCCCUCCCCCCAUCUACUGCCCCACCUGCUCCCCCUUCUGGCUACGCCCAGAACUUAGUGACGAGCUGCACAACGGAACCGAGCGGCUGGGAUUCCAUACGUAUCACUAUGACAACCCCGGACUGUGUCAAUCACUGCCCCCGUCAGACACGCAGCAGGCGCCCUUCUUUUUGACCCAGCCCGGCCAAUCACCUUUGAGCUACUAUAGCCCCGUUGACAUCCACCCUAACACACCCUGCAGUAACAGACGCCCCUACAGCACACCGGUUUGACGCACAUGGACAUACACACACACACACACUGACGUCACACACGCACUCAUACAAACACUCCUUCUCCCAGGGGAAAGAGUCCCAGAGACAUCCAGAGUACCACCCAUCCAGGGGAGAAAGCCACACACUGAACCUACAGACCCCUGAUCGGGACAGAACCACAGACGGACCCAUGUCUGGUGCAGCGGUGUGGAGGUCUGGUCAUCUGGUAAACCCUACAGUGGAGGAGAUGUUGGGUUUGACUAUGGGAGAUUACUACAGAUGAUGGGAGAAGAUAGACUGGAACAGCAACACACUGGUGUUUCUCCCUCUCUCUCUUUCUCUUGAUCUGUCUUUCUCUCCCUCCUUUUCUAUAUUUUUCUCUCCAUCUCUCUCCUCUGCCUGAAAGCUGAUAAUGUGAACGAGGUGACUGACAUGAGGGCUAUAUGUGUUUGUAGGUUUGCUUUACGUCUGGAAUGUCUAAUCACAUGACAUUCAACGACUAAAGCUCAAAGAUGUAUUUUUGUCUUCCAGAGUUUAAAGGAGCAGUAUGUCCCUUGUUGACCCCUCUGACCCUUAGAAAAAAAACACAUGUCAAAUUUGCAGUUUUACACGUGAUUUAAAAAAAUAUAUAUUAUUGUAAGGGGAUAUCCGGAUGCAUUAUAUAUAAUCCUGGCUAAAACAAUACAAACACACAAACAUUUUAGCCAACGAGGGCAUCUGUUUGUCCAAUUCUAUGAUGUUUCACUUAGCCCUUACCCUGUCCUUCAAAACACAAAACAGAGAUGCUGUACACUUACUAAAAGCUGUUCAUUAUGACACUUGAUAAUAUAGACUAGUAUUGAUAAAAGAGAUGUUUUACUCUUUUCACACAAUGCACUUUCCACUUUUCUCACAGUGUGUGUCCCAAAUGGCACUGUAUUCCCUAUACAGUGCACUACUUUUGACCAGGGCCCAUAUGGGUCUGGUCAAAAGUAGUGCCCUAUCUAGGGAACAGGGUGCCAUUUGGGACAAAACCGUCGUCUUCACAUCUUGGUCUUCCUCACUUCCCGUUCCUUUUGUGAUUCUUUGUUAGAGAGUUGAUGGAGAAAUGGACAUCUGUCUGUUCACGUGUUGAUUUACUGGAAAAAAACACUCAAAAGUUUGUGUUCACUGCUAUGUAGUCACACACUCACACAAAGACACUGCUGCCUGUAGUCUGCCAAUGAAGGUAAUUUAAUAUUGAAUUCACUAAUUCUAUACUAUAUAUAUUUUUUUCUAUUAAAGGUGGACUAUUUCUAUUAAAAAUGACAUCAUCAUACACAGCAGGGCAACUUCCUGCUUACAGGCUAUUUGCACUGUUCGUUGAGACAUGCCCAUAUUGGGAAGAGCCAGUGACAGAUUGGAAUUUUGUUGUUGAUGAUGUCUCUAAACAGGAAGUUGACCUGUGGUGUACGAUGAUGUCAUGUAGCUGAGUCUCCCUUUAAAAUGAACUCUGAAGAUGAAUUCCACGUUUAAUGCACAGUGUUCCUUUUUGAAGAUAAACCAAUAUGUGUAUC